ACGCACUCCAGCCUCACUCCGUUCUGUGAUCAUGGCUGCACCGGACCUCAACAGCCAUGUUUGCUAAUUUAAAACCCAAAGGUUAGGGAAUAGUUGUUUAUAAUUUAUCGCUGUGUCAUCUUCACUUACGCGGACACGUUAACUGGAGGGGGGUUUAGAGCCGUCUGCGCUUCGGAACCCAAGGAGAGAAAAGAUGGACUCAAAUAAUCAUUUUAACUAUGGCACCUCAACCAACUCAGGACUGAAACUCUCCUCAGGGGAUUCUCUCUACACUAACGGGUCCUCCAUGAGUUUUCCCCAGCAGGGGAAGAAUCUGAAUGGCGAAAUGAAUGUGAAUGGCGUCACUACUGUACUCGGGUCAAGUGUGUCUGGUUCGCACCCCCCAUCAAAUCCUUAUCCGCACAUGAGCGGCCACCAUCAGAGCGGCGUGAGCUACGACUACCUGUGGGCAGGACAACCUCACUACGGCACAGGGAUGGGCACAUCGCCGGGGCAGGGGGUGCACCAGAAGCAGCCGGCGUCUGGUGUCUCGCAGGCUCAGCAUCACUUCCAGAGUCACGGACAGUACCAACUGAAUGGGGGGGUGGAAGCCUCACAUCAGUCUCCUAUCACAGGCCAAGGAAACAUUCCUCCAACAGGCGCUACUCAGUAUUGGAAUCGGAGUAACCCUGGCCCCCAGCAGAUGGGUUAUAAUCCUGCCAGCAUGUAUGGGGCCUUCCAGAGUCAGUCUCAGCCUGGCGUUACACCUUCCCCACAUCACCAGCAGCAGACCUUACAACAGCAACCAUCUCAACAACCCCAACUCUCCCACCAUCAGCCUCACCAUCACCACCAGCAGCAGCAGCACUAUAGCAUGAUGACAAACGGGAUGCCCUUCUACCAGCAUCAGUCCCAGCCCUCCUCUCUGCCAUCUCCCCAGCAGCAUUCCCCACAGCUCUCUCAGCCACGAUCUCAGACUCACAUGAUGCCCCCAGCUGCCCAGAAUUUCACUCCACCACGUGGUAGCCCGCAGCACCACAGCCUAGGCAGAGGGAGCAGCAGCAGUCCCCUGCCUGUGGGGUUUUCUCAAACACCAGUUGUGUCACCACCAAUCCAGGACAGUAGAUCACCCAAAGGCCUCGGCAGGGAUCGAAGCCCCGACACUAGCAGAGUAGGGAUGUCCUCUCCUCUGCAAGGGCAUUCCCGGGAAGCUGUCAAGGAGCUCGAUCCAAACCAUACAGCCAAUGAGAGAUCGCCUGUUGUCCAGAGGUCACCAAAGACGGACAGUUACCAACUCAAACCCACUACUCCUCACGCCAGUCCUAAAAGGGAUUAUCGUCAAUACUCAGAUCAACCAGCAGCUCUGCAUCCGGAUGCUAAACCCACACUCAGAGAUGCAGUGGUUUCCUCUCAUCUCCAGCCUGCGUCGUCUCAACCUUCAGCAUCCAAUCCAGGAAGUACGAUAUCUCUUUUGAGGGCUUCGGCAUCGUCGGGGGUCUCUAAUCCCUCUGGGUCUCCAACAUCUGCCUCUGGACCUCCUGUAGUUCUCUUCAGUGAUAUGGAAGUGGAAUUUCCUCCAUCCUCUGUUGCUUCUUCUAGGAUUUCUUCACCUCCUGCUUUAGUUCAAGGCCUGAUGUCUCCUACUUCUCGAGCAUCUGAAACAUCUACGCUGAAGCAUCCGUCACAGGGACUCCCCUUCUCACUGCCUCAGUCACAUUCAAAAAUCUCAAAUGAGAGCAUGUCAAAACCUGCAGGUGUUUCUGCAAUCCAUCCAUCCCAGUCUUCAUCUGAGUCUUUGGGUGGUGAAACAAAGUCUCCUCCUCCUGCUUCUUGUAUUUCCCCUCCGGCUAUAGUCUCCUCUCACUCAGCAUCCGUUACAUCUCCAGGGAUGUCGACUGUUCAAGGGUCCAAGCCAGUCUUGCCAACUUCUUCCACCAAUGUAUUUGGAGGUCAGCAUGAAAUACCUGCUCCGCCAAGGUUGAUAUCCGCUCCUACAAAUUCCUCACCUCCCAGUUUAGCGCCUUCUAAGAUCCCAGCCUCUCCACCUUUUACUAUAUCUGCCCCCAGUUUAUCAACAUCAUGUGCAGGAACGCCUCCAGGCGCCAGUAAACCUUCUGAAUCAACUUCCGCUUCGCAGUAUCGGAGACACACUCCUCCGUCUGUCGACACAAGUCUUUCCGCUGCUUUUGCAGCAUCAACGCCACCUAGAUUGGUGAAGGCCCCCUCUCUCACUGCCCAAACUGGUUCUCCAGCCCAACCCCCAUUCACCCUACCUCUUGUAACCACUCAAGCCUCCAGGACUGCACCGCUGUCCAGCCCUCCCGCCUUGGUGUCCAUGCCCCCAGUGAUAGGUACAUCUCCUAGAGCUGUUGGAAAUUCUGCCGCUGAGCAUCGUCCUCCAAACCCCACUACUCCCUCUGUGUCUGUGCAGACGCCUCUGAAGUCAGAGCAUUGCAUUCCCAGUGAGGACAAGAAUGCAGUGGAGAAUGAGAGGAUUGGAAAACCAGAGGAAAACUCACCCGAGGUGGAUUUGGAGAUCUUGUCAUCUAAUGUUGCAGUGGUUGAAGCUAAGAGGCCAGAACUCUGCCCAAAUAAACCUCUCACUGAUUCCCUUGAAAGACCGUUACAAACCUCCCAACAAAAUCAGAGAAAUGCAUCAACAGGAGUGGAGAAGAGCAGCAUCACCUCAGAGGUAAAGGACUCUCCUGUGGCAUCCACCCCAAUAGGAAAGCUCCAAAGUACGAAGUUACAUCAAACGGAUGAGCAAAGCUUGGAAAACUCCGAUGUUGGCUGUUAUUACGAUGACAAGUCAACAUACAACUCCCCCUCUAGACUCUGUUCAAGCUCUUAUACAGGACAUGAUCCCUCCUUUUUUAGUGAUUCUGCUCAGUUUGACUCCUCUCAGUUUGACAACACCUCCUGCGCUGAGGAGGAACAAUCUGCUACAUUUGACAGCUCUGGAGAAGGCAGCUUCUCACCGGAGGACUCCAGGGAUGAAACCAUGGAGUCGACCAGGGAAGAGGAGAACUCUGAGGCGGAAGUGACUAGAAACAGCAGCCAGAUUACGGAUGGUUCAGUUCUCGAGUCUUCCUUAGACACCACCAGUCAGACGGAAGAACCACCUGUGGACUCUGGUCACGUGAACAGCCCACAGCCAGCUCUUCAAGAUUCUGAAGGAGACUGGGAACUAAACGGACACGAUGCCCCAGACUCGGCUGGAAACAUCCAUAAGAGCAACACAGAGGAUACAGAAACCCCAAGUCUCCCAGUGAAAGAUGGUGACGACCUUGUAGACUUGAGCAGCCAUGGAGAAAGCGCAGCCGUACAGCCGAUCCAACCCAUAUCCGAGCAGACCGGGGAAGCUGUGGAUCCUCAGAAAUCCCCAGGGAAACCACGCAGACCUCGAGCUUCUAAGACGAUACAGAGUAACACUGCAGCUCCAGAGGGGAACCUGCGAAAGCCCCGGGUUCGAACGCCCAAAGCAGAGAAGAUAAAGGCUGAUGAAGAUGGAGGGAUUAAAGAACAAGCAGCUGUGGGCAGAAGAAGGAAGAAAACUCUCAAGGUUGAUGUUAAAGAGAUGCUGGGGGAGAGCGGCUCACUGGCGCAGGAGGUGGAUCCAAUAAUGGUGGCGAUUGAUGCCGUUCUGGCCAACACUUCAUCUCUUAGCACAGCAGCGGGCAAACCCAAGAAGAGGAAGCGGGUCAGAAAACAAGAUCAAGAUGGAAGCAUGGCGAGUUCUCAGAAAGGAGGUGAAGAAACGGCUGCCAAUGGUGCUGAUGAAAACGAUGAUGACAGCUCUACUGCCGGGGAAUCGAACAGACGACGUGUUGCAACAGAAGAGCAGGUCCAGUUCGCCCUGCAGCACGGUUGGCGGAGGGAGAUUCGUGUAAAGAAAAUGGACAACCGCAUGAAGGGGGAAACCUGGUAUUACACUCCUUGCGGAAGGAGGAUGAAGCAGUUUCCAGAAAUCAUCAAGUACCUCAAGAAACACUCGGAUGGUGUGGUCUCCAGAGAGCACUUCAGCUUCAGCCCACGCAUGCCUGUUGGAGAUUUUUACGAAGAGAGAGAAACCUCCGAGGGCUCAGAGUGGAUCCUUCUAGCUAAUGAGGAAGUUCCAUCAAUGAUCAUGGCCAUCACUGGUCGGCGAGGUCGACCUCCGAACCCUGACAAAGAGAAACCUCGCCAGAUUAGCAGCCUAAAGGGAGGGCAGGGCCGCCGCCCAGGAAGACCCCCCAAAUUCAACGCCGUCGACCUCCUCAGCAAAGUCGAUGCCAAGCUGCUGAAGCGACUUGAGGCUAAGGAAGCUCUCACAGAGGAGGAGAAGGAGAAACUAGCAAAGAUCAAAAAGAAAAUGAAAAGAAAGGCCAGAAUGAAGAGAAGGGAGGAUUUAAAAAUUAAGAAGAUGAAGGAGGAGAAAAAGAAAGCCAAGCUGGAGCAAGACUUCAAAAUUCUGGAAGGCGUCACUGAUCCAUCAGAUCCAGCUGCUCCGCUGCUCACACAUAUAGAGUCUGCAGAACCCAAAAAGCCCGGCCGCCGGAGGUCAGUAAAAGUCGACGCCGUCACUCCCAGUGAGCAGCCGUCUGAGGAGAAGGUGGCUCAGAGUAACAGGGCGGUGAGUGCUCGGAGCAAAGCCAAGGCCUUGGCUAAAGCCCAGGCUGAGGCUGAGGCAGCAGCUCAGGCCGCUUUAGCAGCUAAGAGGACGGCAGAGAGGAGAGCCCAGGCUCAGAGACGUCUGCAGGAGCGUAAGAGGCAGCAGCUGAUUGCAGAGGAGCUGAAAAAGCCCACAGAGGACAUGUGCCUCACUGAUCACAAACCUCUGCCAGAGUUGUCCCGCAUCCCCGGUUUGGUUCUUUCUGGACCAGCGUUCGCUCACUGUCUGGCUGUGGUUGAGUUUCUGCAUGCUUAUGGGAAGCUGAUCGGACUCAACGUGACAAAGGAUAUUCCCAGCCUCUCUACACUGCAGGAGGGUCUGCUUGGUCUGGGUGACAGCCAAGGAGAAGUCCAGGAUCUCCUCAUAAAGUUGAUGGAGGCAGUGCUUCACGAUCCAGGCCUGCCACCUUAUUAUCAGUCGGUGAAGAUACUUGGGGAAAAGUUGGUGGAUUUGGAGCUGACCCGCAGCACAGUCUCAGAAGUUCUCCGUAUCUAUUUGGAGUCUCACGGCUACGAGAAUGAAGUCUGCAACACACUGAGGACCAAAACAUUUCACAUCCUGCCUCCUGACACCAAGGCAGCCAUCCUGGGUUUCCUGGUGGAUGAGUUGAAUGGCAGUAACAUCGUGACGAGUGACAUUGACAACACAUUGGAGAACAUGGCGACGUACAGGAAGAAUAAAUGGAUCAUUGAGAGAAAACUAAACAAACUGAAAUCAGUGCUGGCCCGACGCACCGGACGCUCUGAGGAGGACCUGUGCUUUGAGGAGAGGAGGCGCAGCGCCAGAGUCGCAGAAGAGGAGAACUUCAGUCUGGAGGAGAGCGGUUUAAUGCUGGAGAGAGGAAGCAGACGUGGACGGAAAGAAGAACCCAAACUCAGUGAUAGUGAGAGCCCUACCACCGCCAGCAUCCCUGAGCUGGAAAGGCAGAUAGAUAAGCUAACAAAGCGUCAAGCGUUUUUCCGUAAAAAGCUGCUACAGUCGUCUCAUUCCAUGCGGGUCAUCAUGUUGGGGCAGGACCGCUACCGUCGCAGAUAUUUGGCCCUUCCUCACUUUGGAGGAGUUCUUGUGGAGGGCCCGGAGGAGCUGCUGGCCUCUGGAGAAGUCUUUGUUGCUGAGGUUCCCGUCUCAUUCCUCAAAAAGGAGCCCAAAGUAGAAGAGAUCCCAGUGCCAACCACUCCACCGCCUCCUGCUCCUCCUGCAACUUCCACUGUUACCCCGAGCCACUCUCAGACAGCUUCUCUGGAAGAUGACCCCCUUCCAGGGACUGCGUCCCUCAUGAGUACGCAGAGAGGCCGCGGACGCCCCCGGAAAAUCAAACCAGAAGUUGAGCUUCACCUCCGAACGGCCAAGAUCCGCCGCCGGCGUCGAAGCAGCAUCAGGUCUGUGGGAGAGGAAGGGCCAGGGUCACCGAGCAGCGGUUUGUCAGACCUCACACAGGCAGCCUUUAAGAGCUGGCUGAGCCAGUCCCAGGAUGUGAUGAAAAAUGGCGCCUGCUCAGCAGAGGGGGAAGUCCCUGAAGGAAAUCGGCCAGAGGAGAGCGUCAAAGAGAUGGCAGAGAAACAAGGACACUGGUUCAAUCUUCUCCCCAAGCAGCCAUGUGACGAGAACUCUCUGACUGAGCCCCAAACAGCCUCCUCACCCAGCUCGCCCCCUAAGCUUCUCCCUCAGCUCCCCAGUGCUCUGCCUGCACUUGCUGCUCCACUCAUGCAGCAUGACCCACUGCUGCCUACUUUGGCUCCUGCUGACCCUGUGACUACGACAGCACCACAGGAUGUCACCCCAUCAGAUCCUGCUCCCCCUGUGCUCUCUUCUGCUCUACCAACAACCUCUCCUCCUAUGCCAGCUUCUGUCGUUCCACCUCCAGCUGCUCCUGUCACCCCUGGAAGGCCGGGUCGGAGGCGCAGGAGGGGCAGCAGAGGCAGUAGUCCUGCUCGCAGGGGGCCCCGUGGAGCAGCAGCAAAGCGCCGCGGCCGCCCACCCAAUGCUGUCUUCCAGGAACUGGAGCAGCAAUAUUUUACACAACUGGUGGUAAAGCCCAUACCAGCAUCAAUGGUCCGUGGAUGGUGGUGGAUCAAGGAUCCAGAGGAACUCUACAGCACCUUACAGGCUCUCCAUCCAAGGGGCAUCAGAGAGAAGGUUCUCCAUAAGCAUUUAGCCAAACACAUGGAGAGCUUAACUGAGAUGUGUACUAAACCUUUAAAUGAUCCCAUAUUUGAGAUGAAAAGUGAAGUCAAAGAUGCUCUGCUGGAGGCUCUGCAGCAGCCCUGGCAGGUGCAGGAGAAGUCAAUGGAGGUGGACAUUAGCGCCCUUCAGUGGGUUGAGGAUCUGGAGCAGAGGGUUGUUGCUGCUGAUCUACAUUUGAAGGCGCCUCCUCAGGGUGCGCUUACAGAUGCUGAGAACAGCACAGAAACACCUUUGCCAGAAUUUCAGCCCUACACCCUCCCAGAUCCAGACUCCACCCGGGAUGACCUACAGUACUACGAGCAUGACGUGGACCCUCGUGACGACUGGAUCAUUCGGACCAAGAAGGAGUGGUCCGGAUUGCCUCGCAUCGCCACCCACCCGGUGGAUCUGGCUGUGCUGCGGCUUGCCAACCUGGAGAGAAACAUCGAGAGGCGCUACCUGAAGGAGCCGCUGUGGAACCCGUCUGAGGUGAUGCGCCUCGCUCCCCUCACCCCAACACCUGGGGAGGAGCUUUCACUAGAUGUGUUCAGUCUGGAGAGUGAAAUCACCUCUCGACUCCGUACGUGGAGACAAGCUCUGGAUCGCUGCCGCAGUGCUCCACAGCUCUGUCUUUGUUUACUUCAGCUGGAGAAGGCCAUCGCCUGGGAGAGAUCUGUUACAAAAGUGACCUGCCAGGUUUGUAGGAAGGGGGACAAUGAUGAGUGCCUGCUGCUGUGUGACGGCUGUGACCGCGGCUGCCACAUGUACUGCUUGAAGCCCAAAAUCACCCAGGUUCCUGAAGGGGACUGGUUCUGUCCAACCUGCGUCCCUAAGAUGGAGGGCGAGUCGCAGGGUUCAUCCAAAAAGCGCACCAGGGUAAAGAAGAGAAGGUAUGAAGAGGACAGCUCUGAGGACGAGACGACAAGAAGACGUAGCGGCGGCAUGGCAACGCGGCACAAAGAGACCCCCGCACCUUCGUCGUCCACCCGUCCCUCUGGAGAAGGAAGCAGCAGUAAAAGGCGCCGCAUGAUGACACGCAACCAACCCGACCUCACCUUCUGCGAGAUCAUUCUAAUGGAGAUGGAGGCACACGCAGACGCCUGGCCUUUCCUGGAACCCGUCAAUCCCAGACUGGUGCCGGGCUACCGGCGCAUUAUCAAGAAUCCCAUGGAUUUCCUCACCAUGAGAGAGAGACUGCUUCAGGGAGCGUAUUGCAGCUGCGAUGAGUUUGCGGCUGAUGCCCAGCUGGUCUUCAACAACUGUGAGUUGUUCAAUGAGGACACGUCAGAGGUGGGGAUGGCAGGGCACUCCAUGAGACGCUUCUUUGAGAGCCGCUGGGCGGAGUUCUACUCAAACAAGGACUGACAGGAGCCUGCGAUCAUUUCCCUAAAGGUGGCGCUGUAGACUGUUGGUGCUCUGCUGCUCCAGCCGCACGCUCCAGUACCGCUAAGACUCCCUGGAGUUCUGCUCCAGCCCCAUGUAUUAUCUCAUGUAUAGGUAUAUAUGUAUAGGUUUUGGCUCUUUGUCUGUUAUCGUUUCCUCGACAGGUCGAAUCUUUUCUACAACCCCCCCACCCACCCAUCAAGUGACAACGUGUCCGUCACUCUUAACCUUGCGUGUCUAAACUUUAACCUCAGCCCCUCAUGUUGCCUUCCCUCCUGUCACUUCUCAUGACGAGCUGCGUGUCAGUUCCAGCUCCAGGUUGAUGGACCGCCCUCAUGAAGGACCACAUUUCUGCAUCCUAUUGUUUGGCACCAGGAGCUGCUCAGCACCACCCAACAACUAAACGGAUCCAGACUCUUCUCAGCAUUUCUUACCUGUUGUUUGGAAAUGUAAUGUAAUGUGGUCUUAUGCCUAGGAGUAAUUUUUUUCAAUGGCUCACUAUAUUUUUAUUAUAUAUUCUAUACAUAAAUAUAUACAGAUUACAAUAGCUGGGAUUAUUUAAUAGCAAUAGCUCGUAGUGGAUGUGUACAGACGACCCAAUAGAGAUGUUUAGACAUUUUAUGAAAAAAGAAAAAAAAAAAGGCCAGUGAAACUUAAAGGAAUCUGUUGUUGGACUGUCACCAGUAGAUGUUGUAUAACCUCCACUUAAAAGUCUUGCACGCACACAACAAGUCGUUUUUUCACCAUUGUAUAAAUAAUUUUACCCAAACCUCACCUGCUGCUGUUGUGAGAUAGAAGCUCGGGCGUUUUUGUUUUCAAUGUAGACUUUUAGAUUGACUCUCCUCCCGCCUAUGAAGAGCAGCCGUACCGCUAGUUGCAGUCGAUCCUUCUGACCAAAAGAAAUAAAAAGAAACACUCCAGUUCCUGUAAAUAGGCCGUGUUGGUUGGAUCCGGGGAGGUUUACUGUUGUUUGCAGGGUUUAAGAACGUUUGUGCAUGUCUAACAAAAAACCCUGAAACUUUAAGGCCUUUUUGUUUUUAGCUUAUUUGAUCAGAUAAAUGUCUAAAGUUGAUGGAAAUUUUAUUUUAAUGACUAGAAUUGGAAACAAGCUGAUUUAUGAAGUACCAGGCAGAUAACAGCCUUUUUUUUUUUGUGUCUUACAUUCCUUUUUUUUUCUGUGCCGAACAUGGGCCAACAUACGAUGCUGCACGGCACGAUCCGUUUGCCACCAAGAUGACAGGAUGACUCCACAGUCUAGGUUUUAUUUAAACUAGCUCCUUACACUGAACAUUUUUGUUUUGUUUUGUGCUUAUUUUUAGAAAAUGUUUAAAAAAAGAAGAAAAAAAAGACAUGACAACCAAAUGUGGUGUUAAGUGAAUUUUUAAUAAUGUACAGUUUUGGUGACUUUAAAUUUGAUUCUUUAUAUUUUUAGGACCAAUUCAUCAUUUUUAAGAGGAGGUAUUACAGGACUCUGUUGUAUUAAGGUAAUGUAACACGUGUGCAUCUGUAGAAUGUACUGUGAGUUGAAUAAAAACACAUCUUGUAGAGAA